UAGCUCACUCAUGCGUGUGAAUAUCACAUUUUAUAAGAAGGAUAGUUUGGGGAACUUGUGUUUAUGCUGAAGGUGGCAUUUUGAAGUGAAAUUAUUGAAUAGAAAUUCGUGAUUUAAGCUAGUUAGCGGUUAGCUGCUGCUAAUAGCCACACGCCUCUGAGGGGACAAGAUGCACGUCAGAGAGUUUGAGUUUCCACGCACUUGAUAAGGAUGUUUCCUUGGUCACCGGUGCUCCACAACGAAGCUCAUGGUCGUUCCAUCAAAGGAAGGAGGGGCAAUGAUUCUUGGACCUUGUUGCGACGUGAUGCUGAUGACAGGCUUCCUGUCGGAUCCUCCUGCGUCUUCUCUGCUGGCGGCGCUCCCCACACUGACAGCGACGUCGACCAAGUGAGCCUGCGGCUGUGGCGACAGCACCUGGGCUGUGAGAGUGGGAGAUGGGAUGAAGCCUGGGCAGAUCAUGUAGGCGCCAGGGCCCAGCGCCAGGGGGGAAACGGAUAGUGGGACCGGCGUGAUUGGAGACACAGAAGCGUGGUGAAUGGAUCCUUAUCAGAGGUCACUGAAGGGAUGUUUGCUCUCAUGCCUUCGCUGCAGCUGCUGCUUUUAAACGCAAAUUCUUUAACCACGAUUAAAGAUGAUGCCUUUUACGGCCUACCACACCUGGAGUAUUUGUUCAUUGAAGGCAACAAAAUCGAAACAAUCUCCAAAAAGGCCUUCCGCGGUCUGAGAGACUUAACUCAUCUAUCACUGGCCAAUAACAAGAUGAAGCACCUGCCCAGAGAUCUCUUCUCUGACUUGGACUCCUUGCUGGAACUGGAUCUGCGAGGAAACUCUUUCCAGUGCAGCUGCGAGAACAAGUGGCUGAUGACGUGGCUGAAAAACACAAACGCCACAGUAUCUGAUGUCUUCUGCGCAGGCCCCAGUCACAUGAAGGGCAAGCGGCUCAAUGACCAGCCUCUGGCUCCGGGCGAGUGCAUCUCCACAGAUUUUGUACGCCAUCAGUCUAUUCCAAUUCAGUCCAUGUCAGCAGACAUCUUCUCCUUUAAGGAGGACAUCUACGUGGCCAUGGCUGCCCCAAACUCCAACAGCUGUGUGAUCAUGGAGUGGGACCACGUUGAGUCCAACUUCAGGAAGUUUGACAAUAUCACAGGAAAGUCCGUGGUGGGUUGCAGGUCGGUUCUUGUCGACCAACAUGUCUUGGUCAUCGUGACCCAGCUGUUUGGUGGCUCCCACAUUUACAAAUUUGAUGACCAACAAAACAAGUUCACCAAGUUCCAGUCGAUCGAUGUGUACAACAUCUCCAAGCCCAAUGACAUCGAGGUCUUCCAGAUCGGGAGCGAGUGGUACUUCCUGAUAGUGGAUAGUUCCAAGGCCGGAAUGUCCACGCUCUACAAGUGGACCGACCAACCGGAACGCAAUGAAACCGGGUUCUUUUCCUACCAGUACCUUCACGAGUGGUUCCGGGACACCGAUGCCGAGUUUGUUGAGGUGGACGGGAAGUCCUACCUGAUCCUGGCGAGUCGCUCCCAGUCACCUAUCAUUUACCUGUGGAACAGAAGCACCCAAAAGUUCAUGCUCCACGGUGAGGUCCCGGCGGUCGACGACGUGGUGGCGAUUAAAGCCUUCCAGUUGGAAAACGACUGGUACCUGGCCCUGACCUGCUACAUCGGCGACUCCAGAAUACUCAAGUGGGCAAAUAAACAGUUCACCGAAGUCCAGUCGCUUCCCUCCAGAGGAGCCAUGCUCCUGCAGCCUUUCUCCUUCACAGACCGCCACUACCUGGCCUUGGGCAGUGACUUCUCUUUCACUCAGAUCUACCGCUGGGACACGGAGACCAAGACCUUCCACAAGUUCAAGGACAUAUACGUGCAGUCGCCAAGGUCGUUCACAGUGAUGACGACGGACAAGAAGAAUUACAUCUUCUCCUCCAGCUUCAAGGGCAAGUCACUGGUGUUUGAACACAUUAUUGUUGACAUCAGCUUGUGAGUCCAAGUGAGCUGGCUGACCUACAAACGCAACACAAGCUUUGACGUAUCGCCUGUAAAAAUGCAGAAUAAGAGACUUAGUUAAUAGCUAGCGAUGAGUACGGUGGCCUUGAAGGGCAAAACAAUCCCUCAACAAAAUGAAAAACAACUCGAAAAUUCACUGAAACUUGAUCUGCGCUUCAGUUUGGAAAUUAUUAUUACGCCUUCUAUAACGAAUGACUAGAAGCUUCCACAUUAGUGCCUGAACUACAAGGAAUGUUUGUAUUUUCUUUCAUAUCUAUGCAAGAAGUCACUGUUAAAUCUAGGUCUUGUCUCUUUUUCCUUCUGUCGGCCACCAUUUGUUUCAUAGUUUGAACCUCAAAUGGUUUGAAUUACGCCAUAAAUGACAGGCAGAACGAUGGUGCAGUUCACUUUUGCUUAUCUUAGCUUCACUGAAUGUUGCAAUGAAAUAAAA